ACAUUUUAAAUGUCAUAGGUUUGUAGAAGAAUCAACAUUUUAUAAUUUAUUUGGUUAUGAUAAGCUGACGAUACUGGAUUUCGUCUGACUAAUAUAAAUUAUGAGCAUUCAAGGUCUGUUUGUAAUCUAAAGUGCAAUUAGUAUCGUUCGGUGUAAAGAUGAAAUUACUGUGACAUAAUGAGGGGAAAACUUAACACCUCUAUAAUAUCCCCAUACGUAAUAACCGCCAGAUCGCGGGCCAGCAGCCGAGCUAUGGAGCGUUAUGAAAAACUGGCGAAGCUGGGCGAGGGUUCGUACGGGUUGGUGUACAAGUGCAGGAACAGGGAGACUGGGGAAGUGGUUGCCGUGAAGAAGUUUGUGGAGAAUGAGGACGAUCCUCUCAUACGGAAAAUAGCCCUGCGAGAGAUACGUAUGCUGAAGAAUCUGAAACAUCCAAACUUGGUAAACCUGAUCGAGGUGUUCCGAAGGAAGCGCAAGCUGCACCUCGUGUUCGAAUACUGCGACCACACCGUACUGCACGAACUGGAAAAAUAUCCAGCUGGUUGUCCAGAACUGUUGUCGAAGCAGAUUAUCUGGCAAACGCUUCAGGGAGUCGCCUACUGCCACCGACACAACUGUAUCCAUCGAGACGUGAAACCCGAGAACAUUCUGCUAACCAGCGACGGUGUCGUCAAAUUGUGUGACUUCGGAUUUGCGAGAAUGAUAAGUCCCGGCGAGAGCUACACGGACUACGUGGCGACCAGGUGGUACAGGGCUCCGGAACUGCUGGUCGGAGACACGCUCUACAGCACCCCCGUCGACGUCUGGGCUAUCGGCUGUGUGUUCGCCGAGUUACUGUCGAGCGAGGCUCUGUGGCCUGGCAAGAGCGACCUCGACCAGCUCUACCUGAUCCGUAAGACCCUGGGCGACCUGCUGCCGCGACACAUGACGAUAUUCUCGCAGAAUACCUUCUUUCAGGGCAUGGAGCUGCCGGAGCCGACGAGUCUGGAGCCCCUUGAGAAAAAAAUACCGCCGCGCUACGCCAAUAACGAUUUGGUCUUAGACUUUUUAAAGAAGUGCCUGGACAAGGAUCCCUUGGCUCGCGCCACGUGUGAGCAGUUACUUCGUCACGCUAUAUUCGAGAAUUUUCUAUACGCCGUCCCGCGAACCGAUCACGACGACUUCGAGAAGGCUAGGCGAGCACAGACACAAUCGUCCCCGAUGCUGCCACAGCUGAUAAUCUCUGAGCGGUCGCAGCCAAGGAAGAAGUCUGAUCUGGACGGCCGAGCACACCUACCCACCAUCUGACUAGCGCCCACGAGACAGCGGAUAUAAAUAAAAUUUAUUUGUUGUCUCCACUAUUUAUUCAUUAACAACAAUUAAAAAGGAAUCGUUUAAUUUAUUACAAAAUUAAAAUUACAU